AUGGAGGGAGGUAUGGACACCCUGAAUAAUGCUAUAGAAAGCCUAACUGAUUCCUCUAGCAGAGAGGACUGGAUGCCAGUCACCAUGAACGUUGCUGAUGCUACCGUGACAGUCAUCAGCGAAAGGAAUGAAGAGGAAGUUGUAGUGGAAUGUCGUGUCCGCUUCUUGUCCUUCAUGGGAGUGGGGAAAGAUAUCCACACCUUUGCCUUCAUCAUGGAUACUGGGAACCAACAUUUCGAGUGCCACGUUUUCUGGUGCGAGCCCAACGCAGGCAAUGUAUCGGAGGCCGUUCAGGCUGCUUGUAUGCUCCGGUAUCAGAAAUGCUUGGUCGCCAGACCUCCUUCGCAGAAAGUCCGGCCGCCGCCCCCCCCUGCAGACUCAGUGACCAGAAGAGUAACAAGUAACGUAAAAAGAGGAGUACUGUCCCUCAUUGACACUUUGAAACAGAAACGCCCCGUUACCGACGCGCCAUAGCCCCCACCCAGGAAAACCCAGAUUUCUCAGAACGCCUAGUGGAAAAUGCAGUAGCUAUGAAGAUGAACUGAUUGUUUUUGGCCUUCCAGUUUAAAUGGGUGAUGCUUUGUCUUCAGAGAAUUUACUCUUAUCAAAAUAAUAUUAGACAAGCAUGUUCUCUUGUUCUUGACACCAUCAUGUGAUAUGAAAAGAAGCAUGAAUAAUAUUUUUUUUUGCUGUGAGUUACCAUGAGAAGCAGAAGGUCUGUUUUCCAACUGUAAAUAUUAUGAACGUUACUGAAAUUCAUACACGCCAGAAAGGAACACGGCACAUCACUCCUAACAAACGAAUCCUAACAUCCUGCCCAAAUUGAUCCUCUCACCAUCACCAUGAGCUGGAUUUUGGCACAAGCGGUUUUUAGAUCCGAUGGCACUUUGUCCCCGUUUUCAACACUGAAGUACAUACCAAGGAUUAGUGUAGCUUUUUAAUUUUUUUUUUACAACACUCAGUAACCGAUUUUCCAUGCUAUAUACCAGAAUACCAACUUUUCAUCUUUUGUCAGAAUGUAUCUUUAAAAGUGGCUGAUCUUCUACAUGAGUUCUUUUUUACGUGAAAGAAUGUGUGAGUAGUGUAGAAUAAAAAUGUGUGUCUAUUUUUCUGCAUGAACCAGCGCUAAAAAGUUGCCUGUCCCAGGACAAGUGCAU